AUGGUACAGACAGCGCCCCCUGCAGAGGAGCGUGCACACUGCACCAUGAGGACAACAGCGCCCCCUGCAGAGGAGCGUGCACACUGCACCAUGAGGACAACAGCGCCCCCUGCAGAGGAGCGUGCACACUGCACCAUGAGGACAACAGCGCCCCCUGCAGAGGAGCGUGCACACUGCACCAUGAGGACAACAGCGCCCCCUGCAGAGGAGCGUGCACACUGCACCAUGAGGACAACAGCGCCCCCUGCAGAGGAGCGUGCACACUGCACCAUGAGGACAACAGCGCCCCCUGCAGAGGAGGAUGUUUCAGAGGCUUCAGGACGGUUUCACUUUCACACUUUAUAA